AUGCCAACAAUUGUCUCAGACUUCCGGCCGAUCAGUCUAUGUACGACUAUCUACAAACUGGUAGCGAAAACAAUUGCCAAUCGGUUGAAGAAUGUUCUCCCUGUUGUGAUUACAGAAAAUCAAAGCGCCUUUGUACCGAACCGAAUGAUUCUAUAUAAUGUGAUGGCAGCUUUUGAGACAAUGCAUACUAUCAAGGGGGUGAAGAAGGGGCGUGAUGUCAAAAUGGCUCUCAAAUUGGAUAUGGCCAAAGCAUACGACAAAGUGGAGUGGGUGUUCUUGCAUGAGAUGAUGCUCAAACUUGGAUUUUCAUCUACAUGGGUUGCUAAAGUAAUGGAUUGUGUUUCAUCUGCUACAUUUUCUGUGCUAUGGAAGGGCAAUCCCCUUGGGACACAUCAUGCCACAGCGUGGGUUACUGCAAGCCUUCUAUUCAUGAAGGCAACAAAGGAGGCUUGUAUGGCCUUGGAAAAAUUAUUCAAAAUCUAUGAAGAGGUCUCAGGGCAACAAGUCAACUAUUCUAAAUCAGCGUUCUCCUUAAGUCCGAAUGUCACAAAUGCAGAUUUUGAUAUGAUCACAAGUGUGCUGAAUAUUCCUUUUGUGCAGUGUCAUGAAAAAUAUUUAGGAUUGAGGUUUCGUGAUCUUGAGGCUUUCAAUCAGGCUCUGCUUGCAAAGCAAUGUUGGUGUAUUUUCCAGAAUCCAGAGUCUCUGGUAUGGGGGAAAGAAUUGCUUCAAAAGGGACUUCGUUGGAGAGUGGGCAACAGAGUGUCUAUCCAAGUUUAUACUGACAAAUGGCUUCCUGUUCCUUCACUUUUCAAGAUCAUGUCUCCCCCACAAUUGCCCAGUUCAAUAUGGAUUCCGUUGGCUUCACUGGCAAAUCAUGACUGCUUAAUUUGGCAUUAUGAAAGAAACAACAUGUAUUCCGUCAAAAGUGGAUAUCGGUUCGCUUGCUUGGAGAAGGACAAAACGUGUGGAGAUACAUCAUCCGGGAUAGAUUCUAAUUCACGAUUCUGGAAGAAAGUUUGGGUCCUUAAAAUCCCAAAUAAGAUCAAGUUUUUCUUAUGGAGGUGCGCUUGGGAUUUUCUGCCGUGCGGUCAGACACUUUACAACAGGAAAAUAGCCCCUACACCUAUAUGUUCCAUCUGCCAACACAAAGCCGAAAGUGUUCUCCAUGCAGUUUGGUCGUGUGAGGCAGCAAAGGAAGUGUGGCGCAACUCAGUAUGGGGGAAUGUUUGUGAGAUGUGGAGGGUCAGUUCAUUUAGAGAGCUACUGAGGAAUAGAUUUAUUUUUGAAGGAACAUCAGAAACUGCAUCAGAGUUGCUAUACCGAAUGUCUGCACUGGCAACAAAGUUCUCUCAAGCUAACUAUCUCUUUCACCAAACUCAGGACUGUACGACUAGGCCCCAAGUUUCUUUGCACGUUUGGCGGCCUCCACCAACAGGUUUUUAUAAAAUAAAUGUAGAUGGGGCACUCAAAUCUGGCGAUUCUAUUCAUGGGGUUGGAGUGGUCAUCAGAAAUGAGGGCGGUGAGUUUUUGGCGGCAUGUGUUAAACGGAUUCAAGCUAGCUAUGGGGCUAGGCAAACGGAGCUUAUGGCUACAAUCGAAGGAUUGCGGUUUGCUAAUGAUAUGGGUUUCACUGAUGCAGUUUUAGAGAUGAACGCACAGGAUUGCAUCACUGGGAUUCUUUCAGUAGAGGAGUGCAGUGGAACAAAUGGUCUCUUAUUUCAGGAGGUGAAAUGCCUACUGAAUAAUUUUCAAGCAGUCUUAUGCCAAUGGACCCCAAGAAGCGGUAAUAAAGUGGCACAUUCCUUGGCUCAAUUUGCAAUUAGUUGUAGUGAAUUUGUUUCUUGGAUUGAGGAUGCACCAAUAUGGUUGCUUCCUAUGCUUGAGGCAGAUGUACCCUUUUUUGAAUGUUGA